AUGGCAAAAAUCUCCUAUGCUUCGGUUGUGGAGAGCUUGAUAUAUGCACAGAUUUGCACGAGGCCAGACAUUAGUUUUGCAGUUGGCAUGCUUGGGCGUUACCAGAGUAACCCAGGGAUGUCUCAUUGGAAAGCAACAAAGAGGGUAUUACGAUAUCUGCAAGGAACUAAAGAUUACCAGCUUACCUUUAGGAGAACCGACAACUUAGAGGUAACUGGAUACUCAGACUCUGAUUUUGUCGGUUAUUCUAAUAGUAGGAAAUCUACUUCUGGAUAUGUUUUCCUACUAGCCGGUGGAGCGAUCUCAUGGAAAAGUAUGAAACAAACUAUCACUGCUUCAUCAACAAUGGAGGCUGAGUUUGUGGCAUGCUUUGAGGCCACAGUGCAUGGUUUAUGGCUGAGGAACUUUAUCUCAGGGCUUGGAGUUGUUGACUCUAUAGAAAGGCCGCUGAUAAUUUAUUGUGAUAAUUCCUCUGCAGUUUUUUUCUCCAAAAAUGAUAGAUCCAUUAACAAAGGGUCUAGUAGCGAAGCAGUUUAA